AGAGAAUAAGGGAUGUGUUUAGGGGUGGAGUAAUGGGUCCAUUGAUGGGCUAACGAGGAAAAAAAAGAAAAAAAAGUAGAGCAAUAGAGGCUAAUUGGGCCAGUGAUGAGAAAUUAAGAAAAAUUGAUGAACCCUUACCUUAUUUCUCAUUCAAUUUUUCUAAUUCUCUCUCUUCUCUAGUUGAGUAGUCUGCAACAGCCAAGCAAUAACAGUGUAGUUGAAGAGAAAGAAGAGAAGCAGCAGUAAUGGAGUUCGUCAGCCCAGAAGGUCUCCGCUUAGACGGUCGUCGUCCUUUGGAAAUGAGGCAACUUCGAGCUCAGAUUGGCGCUGUGUCUAAAGCUGACGGUUCAGCUGUUUUCGAAAUGGGCAACACCAAAGUCAUUGCUGCCGUUUAUGGUCCUAGAGAGGUUGAAAAUAGAGCGCAGCAGAUGAAUGACCAGGCAUUGGUGCGAUGUGAGUACACCAUGGCUAAUUUCAGUACCGGAGAUCGUGUGAGAAAACCAAAGGGAGACAGGCGGUCAACUGAAAUAUCAAUGGUUAUUCGGCAAACUAUGGAGGCUUGCAUAAUGACAAACCUAAUGCCUCGUUCUCAGAUUGACAUUUUCGUCCAAGUCCUCCAAGCUGAUGGCGGAACUAGAUCUGCAUGCAUUAAUGCAGCUACAUUGGCUCUAGCUGAUGCUGGCAUUCCAAUGCGUGAUCUGGUUACAUCAUGCAGUGCUGGGUAUCUUAAUACAACACCGCUCCUUGAUCUAAAUUAUGUAGAAGAUAGUGCUGGAGGUCCUGAUGUUACUGUAGGGUUUCUUCCUAAAUUGGACAAAGUUACACUUCUUCAGAUGGACUCAAAGUUGCCCUUGGAUACAUUUGAAACUGUAAUGCAGCUUGCAACAGAAGGUUGCAAGGCAGUUGCCAAUUACAUCCGUGAAAUAUUGCUUGAGAACACUAAGCAACUUCAGUAUCGACGAGGUUCAUAGCUUAAGAGCGGCAAGAACUGAACCAUUGGAGAUAGUUGAGGCUUACGGAUAUGGGUUUGAGCUUUUAGUGUAAUUCCUAGGCAAUUAGAAAGACGUGAAUUCAAGGAACUGCACAGUAUUGUUUCAAUUGUUCUCCAUUGGUUUAAUUUUAAUGAUUUACAAACUGAUAGACUCCACUUGUUCUGAAAAGUUGGUAAACAAAUAUUAUUCCUCAAAAAACUGGGUAAGGUCACCAAAAUAUUACGCCUCCAUGCUUAUGGUGUACUCAAUCUUUAAGGUUUUGAAAUACAACGAGGGUUGGUUUUAUCAGAUGGAGGGUACCAUCACGCACAGGAAGAUCAAUUCGAAAGCGAAAGCCAUCACCUGCUGGCUGCUGGUUUUAGGGAGUAGGAUUACAAUUCACAUUGAAUAAUACUUGUAUUUGCUUGCUUUGCUCUGCAGUAUCAAAGACUAGAUGAACCCGUUAUGUCA